CUCCAAAACACCUGAGGCCUGCAAGACCAGCCAUGGGCUGUGAAUUCUCCGAAAGCUGUGUUGGUGGCGGUGAGCCAGGCCUCCAAUCCUGGCAUUUCUGGUUGUGCCUGUCCCUCCUGCUUCUGCUGCUCCUGCUGGGCCUGCUGGGCUGCUGCCUCCGGUGCUGGCUGGGGCGGCCCAGGCGACCGGCGGCCCAGAACUCCCUCGUGAUCUUCGCAGUGGGGGAAACUGAGUCACUUCACGGGAAUGAGGAACCCCCUUGGACGCCAGCCCAGAGACCCCCUCCCCACCUGCAGACCCCAGGGUGGAGCACUGUGGGGUCCAGUUCGAAUGCCUUGGCAUGGAAUGGAUCACUGCAGCCCCCUCCCUACGAAGAGCUCAUGAAGCCAGGAAGAACCUUGGAUCUGAGUUCGAGACAGGAUGGCUUCCACCGGUAGGGCCCGGCUAGGAAGUCCCAUUCCGGAUAUGGAUACAAAGCAGAAAGUGGCCCUUUCUAGGCUAGGUCAAGUGGUCAGCCUUGGUUUGAGCCUUGGGGGAAAAUUUAUAUUAAAAUAUAUUUUAUUCCUAUUUCAUUCUCUAUCAUCCCUUAAACAUUAACAGAAUCCAUCAUGGAUGGAAAGGCAACGUCUCCGCUAGAUA